AUGGCCGACAUCAAGCAGGACAUGCAGCAGUCUCGGAGCCCAUCCUCGUGCAGGAUGCGAUCAGCCUGCGACUCGUGCCACCAGAGCAAAGUCAAGUGCAGUGGUGGGAAUCCGUGCAGCGGAUGCCACAAGUUGGGCGCGCGCUGCAACUACAGCUCGUCAAACCGCACCGGACGGCCCCGAGGCAUCAAGAACAAGGUGACACGUCAACGCCUGCGAGCACACGCGCGGGAAGCCGCCGGCGCAGAUGGCGAGCCGCCCGCUUCCAGCUUGAGCUCGACGCCUGCAGCAUCCACGUCGGCCGAUUCCACGGCGUCUUCGUCUCCGUGUCAUCUCCCAACAGACAUGGAAAUCAACGCCCCCGAAUGGAGGGGCUUCCAUGCGCAUCAGAUGGAUGCCCUGCUGAUGGGUUGUUUAGAUCCAAGCUCUGCCGAUGUAGAUGAUGCCUCCAACGCCACAGGGCUCAUCUACACCGCGAGUUCAUCGCAAUACUCUCUGCCUCCGUCUGUGGCACUGCCCGUUCCGCAGAGGCAGCCGCUCUUUGAAGAUGCCCACCACCUACGCAGCCCCUUGUCCUCUUCCCGCUGUCGACAGCCAUGUGCGUCUUGCGACUGCCUGCAACAACUGGCGGCUCUGUUUGUGCAGCUCAAAGUCCACGCCCGACGUGGCGGGCCCCUACAGGCAGCCGUGGCCAUCUCCCACGUCCGCGAGGGCGUGUCGGCAUGGAAGCGCCAUUUACAGUGCGCCGCCUGCAUGGAAUCGGCUGACAGCGACACGCUCCUCCUGUGCAUCGUCGAGAUCCGCAUGGUACUGCCCAUGAUGGAAUGGAUAAGCAAUAAUCUGGAUCUGAGCGGCCAGGUUGCCUUUUCUCUCCAGGCGACCCCCGUGAGUGGCUCAUGUCAAAUGCCCGUGGCUUACGAGCUGGCCCGGGGCGAAUCCCAAGCCAUUAUGCGCACUCUGCUCUUGCGCAGCAUGGACUCUGUCGUUGAUGUCCUGGCUGAGAUUCAAGAGCGCACCUCUCCAAUGAAACGGCCCGGCGGGUUGCCCCCUGCGUUUGAGUUGCACACCCCUCAACCGUCACCCUCAUCUCUAUCAAGUCCGGGUUGUAGCCAGCUACUUUCAGUUUUAGAGCCCCCAGGAGGAACGCAGGGCCUUUUUGGACAGCCGUUGCAAAGUUUGUUAGAGUCGGCAGAGAAUCUGCAAAAGAGAAUUGCCAUAGAGUAG